AUGGAUACUCACGACAAAGAUGCGACCGAAAUACAGAGCGAUGCUUUAUCCUUUCCAGUGUCCCAGAAAGUCUCUUCUGAUAAAGAUGACGGGAAACCAGACUCCCGAGAGAUCUUCAAGGACUCAGCUGAUGGUGUCAAAUUCCGGACUGUCAGUUGGCAGCGCGCUACUAUCAUUUUCCUUAAGAUCCAGUUUGCCAUGAGCAUCCUAAGCGUUCCGGGGGCGUUGGCGACGUUGGGCGCUGUCGGUGGUGCUUUAUCCAUUGUCGGUUGGGAAGUCUUGAACACCUACACGGCUGUUAUCUUGGGAGACUUCAGAAAUCGCCACCCCGAAUGUCAUACCCUGGCCGAUAUGUGUGGAUUCCUGUGGGGAAAGAUUGGGAGAGAGCUUGUCAUGAUGCAAAUUCUCGUCGCACAGGUCCUCAUCACAGCUGCUGGCAUCGUGUCUUGUUCGACUGCAUUCAACGCCCUGUCUGAGCAUGGGGCUUGCACAGUUGUCUUCAGCUUUGUGUCCGCUGUUCUUAUCACUGGCUUCUCCUCCGUCCGCACCUUUUCUCGAUUGGGCUGGCUGACUUGGAUUGGAUUCUUCACGUUUUUCAUCGCUGUCUUCAUCUUUGUAGUAGCUGUGACACAGCAAGACAGGCCUGCGGCUGCGCCACCUACGGGAGAUUUCGAUCUAGGCUGGACUGCGAUUGCCUACCCAACAUUCGUGGCAGGCAUGACUGCAAGUGCUAAUAUUUUUAUUAGCGGCAGUGGAUCAUCAAUGUACCUGCCCGUCAUUUCAGAGAUGAAAAAGCCUAGCGACUAUCGCAAGGCUGCCAUUGUGACUGGAAUCCUCGUCGGGGCGAUGUACCUCAGUUUCUCACUGGUGAUCUAUCGCUGGUGUGGCGUUUGGCUGACGACCCCUGCCUUUGGAAGCGCUGGACCUCUGUUUAAGAAGAUAUCCUAUGGAAUCGCCUUGCCCGGACUUGUCAUCGGCGUGGGAAUUUACCAACAUGUCGCUGCAAAGCUUAUCUUUGUCCGCCUUCUUCGUGAAUCUCGACACCUCCAGGAGAAUACCGUAACCCACUGGUCCAUCUGGUUAGGCAGCAACCUCAUCCUUGGUGUUCUCGGUUUCAUCAUCGCAGAAGCAGUGCCUAUCCUCAAUUAUCUUCUUGGUCUGGCUGGCUCAUUGUGCUUCGCGCCAUUUAGCUUAGUCUUUCCAGCGUUAUUGUGGAUGUACGAUUUCAAGCCGUAUAGACGAGGUAGCAUGACGCAGAAGUUGGUCUAUACUGCCCACGGCCUCAUUGUCCUCAUUGGGUUAUUUAUGGUGGUUGGUGGAACUUAUGGCGUUGCCGUAUCGAUCAAAGAGGCCUAUGCGAGCGGUCUUAUUGAUAAAGUGUUCAAUUGCGCCGACAACUCCGGUACCAUCUCAUAA